GGAGGCCCUCGGUUCACGUGAAGCCCAGACAGCGGCGACGGAAGCAGAAGCGAUGAAGCCCAGGCCCGCGAGGUUUGUGGAUAAUAAGCUGAAGCAGCGCGUCACCCAGUACCUCACCAGUGACAGAUGUGGCAAAUACGUGGACACUGGAGUCUUAGCAUCCGAUUUACAAAGAAUGUACAGUAUAGACUAUGGUCGAAGAAAAAGAAAUGCUUUUAGGAUUCAGGUAGAAAAAGUAUUUAGCAUAAUUAGUAGUGAGAAGGAACUUAAGGAUCUACCGGAAUUAGAAGAUGAACAUCUGGCUAAAAGAGCAAGACACGGUGAAGAGGAUAAUGAGUAUACUGAAAGCUAUUCUGAUGAUGGUUCAAAUAUGGAAGAUUACCCAGAUCCACAGUCAGCAAAUCAGAUGAACAGUUCCCUGCUCUCCUUAUAUCGGAAAGGAAAUCCUGAUUCUGUUUCAAGUACUCCUGAGGUGGAGCAAAGAGAAACCACCAUUUCAACACCACGGAUAACUUCCAAAACAGGCCCCAUUCCUUUGAAGACCCCUGCCAGAGGUUCUGAAGGAGGAUGGUUUAUUGACAAAACCCCGGGUGGGAAGAAAGACAGUUUUUUCUCAGACCUAUCAGAUGAGAAAAGUAGUGAUAAGAAGCCGAUCUCUGAGAUAGAGAAUUCAAAAGAUUCUUCUCUUCUGGAGAGUAAUAAAAAAAGAAAAGGCAGGCUAAACGGCAAAAGAGGCAAAAGGAAGAAAGAAGAUCUUCAGGAAGUAGAUGGAGAAAUAGAGGCUGUCCUGCAAAAGAGAGCUAAAGCCAGGGGGCUAGAAUUGCAGAUCUCCGAGGUGAAGUUUGAAGAUGUUGGAGGCAAUGAUACGACAUUAAAAGAGGUCUGCAAGAUGCUCAUACACAUGCGUCACCCAGAGGUGUACCACCACCUGGGCGUCAUACCCCCACGCGGAGUUCUUCUUCAUGGACCACCCGGCUGUGGGAAGACGUUGCUUGCACAUGCAAUUGCUGGGGAACUUGACCUGCCAAUUCUGAAAGUAGCUGCUACAGAGAUUGUAUCUGGAGUAUCUGGAGAAUCAGAACAGAAGCUGAGAGAACUAUUUGAACAAGCUGUGUCAAAUGCACCGUGUAUCUUUUUUAUUGAUGAAAUUGAUGCUAUUACCCCCAAAAGAGAAGUUGCUUCAAAAGAUAUGGAACGAAGAAUCGUAGCCCAGCUCCUAACCUGCAUGGACGAUCUGAAUAACAUGGCCGCUACAGCUCGGGUCCUAGUCAUCGGAGCUACUAACCGACCAGACUCCUUGGAUCCUGCUUUGAGACGUGCAGGAAGGUUCGACCGAGAGAUAUGCCUAGGUAUCCCAGAUGAAGUAUCCAGGGAAAGAAUACUUCAAACUUUGUGCAGAAAACUAAGACUUCCCGAAACUUUUCAUUUUCGUCAGUUAGCACACCUAACGCCGGGCUUCGUUGGUGCUGACCUCAUGGCACUCUGCCGAGAGGCAGCCAUGUGUGCGGUCAACAGGGUCUUAAUGAAGCUGCAGGAGCAGCAGCAGAAAAAUCCUGAGAUUGAAGGUUCGCCCUCUGAAGGAGGCCAGGAAGAAAGGAUUGGAACUGAACCCACUUCUGAAACACAGGAUGAAUUGCAAAGGCUCUUGGGGUUGCUAAGGAACCGAGAUCCCCUCUCAGAGGAGCAGCUGCAAGGGCUGUGCCUUGAGUUGAAUGAUUUCAUUGUUGCUCUAUCCUCUGUCCAACCCUCUGCUAAAAGGGAAGGCUUUGUCACUGUCCCUAAUGUGACAUGGGCAGAUAUUGGUGCCCUGGAAGACAUUAGAGAGGAGCUCACCAUGGCAAUAUUGGCACCAGUACGUAACCCAGAUCAGUUCAAAGCUCUUGGGUUGGUGACUCCAGCUGGAGUCCUCCUUGCUGGUCCCCCUGGCUGUGGGAAAACUCUGCUGGCAAAGGCUGUUGCAAAUGAGUCUGGGUUAAAUUUUAUAUCUGUCAAGGGGCCUGAGUUACUAAAUAUGUAUGUUGGUGAAAGCGAGCGCGCUGUGCGACAGGUUUUUCAGCGAGCCAAGAAUUCAUCACCCUGCGUGAUAUUCUUUGAUGAAGUGGAUGCCUUAUGCCCUCGAAGAUCAGUCCGAGAGACAGGGGCAAGUGUUCGGGUGGUAAAUCAACUACUUACAGAGAUGGAUGGUCUGGAAACACGUCAGCAGGUUUUUAUUAUGGCAGCCACUAACAGACCAGAUCUGAGGGAGAGUUCCUCCUCUUCAGGCAUCUGUCUCAUUUAUAUCAUUGACCCUGCAAUCCUGCGCCCAGGCCGCCUGGACAAAACACUCUUUGUGGGUUUGCCACCCCCAGCAGAUCGUCUCGCCAUCUUAAAAACUAUCACAAAAAAUGGCACCAAACCCCCACUGGAUGCAGAUGUAAAUUUGGAAGCAGUUGCUGGUGACCUUCGCUGUGAUUGCUAUACGGGUGCAGAUCUCUCUGCUUUGGUACGGGAGGCUUCUAUCUGUGCCUUGAGGCAGGAAAUGGCAAGACAGAAGAGUGGAAGUGAAAAAGGUGAACUCAAGGUUAGUCAGAAGCACUUUGAAGAAGCUUUCAAGAAAGUAAAGUCAUCUGUAUCAAAAGAGGAUCAAGCGAUGUAUGAAGCUCUGCAGUGGUCCCUCAGCCGGUGACUUCUCCAGCAGCAGGCCUUCAAGGAGUCCAGCACAUCGAGCUGCCAGAGAUACCCACGUGCUCUGAGCUAUCCACUUUCAACCUGACACAGAUGUGGUCUCACAUAAGCAUUUUAUCCUCAGAUUAAUGAGGCCAAGUCAGAGCUAAAGAUUCUUCCCAUCUGGCCAACCUUGUACGGAAACACCCCAUACCUCCUGUUUAAGAAAAAGAAAAAAAUUUUUAACUGUCAAAAUAAAAUAACAGAUACCUUUUUUAAAUAGAAUGUUUAUUUUGAAACAA